GACGGCGUGAGCCAGGGUCUGGGGGCCGCUUUCUCUCCGCUUGCAGUGACAGGACCCGCGGCGACAAUGAGCGACGUGAUGGAGAAGACGCUGUCGGCGCUGCCGAGCCUCUUGUCCCUGGAUCCCGGCGCCAAACUUUCCGCCGCCUCCAGACUCGGAGCUUUAAUCAGAGGCGUCACCGAACUGGCGUCGAAGCAGGAUGAGGAGAAAUUGAUGAAGAAGGAAUUGGCUGCGUUAAAAGAACAGGUCUCUGUUCCUACCACAUCACUGAAGCAGAUGCGUGAAUGUUUGGUGCGUCUAAUCUACUGUGAAAUGCUGGGGUACGAGGCCUCCUUUGGAUACAUUCAUGCUAUCAAACUAGCUCAACAGGGUAGUCUGAUGGAAAAAAGAGUUGGCUACUUGGCUGUUUCUCUGUUUCUAAAUGAAAGCCAUGAGCUGCUGCUUCUGCUUGUGAACACUGUUUUAAAGGAUCUGCAGAGCACUAACCUUCUCGAGGUGUGCAUGGCUCUGACUGUUGCCAGCCAGCUUUUUCCACCAGAUAUGAUCCCUGCAGUUCUUCCUUUGGUUGAAGAGAAACUUCAGCACUCUAAGGAAAUAAUAAGAAGAAAAGCAGUACUUACCCUAUACAAAUUUUAUCUUAUUGCUCCAAACCAAGUUCAACACAUUCAUGACAAGUUUAGGAAAGCUCUGUGUGACCGGGACCCAGGAGUCAUGGCUGCCUCCCUUCACAUCUACCUAUUGCUGAUUAAGGAAAAUACAGGUGCCUAUAAAGAUUUAACUGGGAGCUUUGUAACAAUUCUCAAGCAAGUAGUUGGAGGAAAACUAGCAGUGGAUUUCAACUAUCAUAGUGUCCCAGCACCUUGGCUACAGAUUCAGCUGCUGAGAAUUUUGAGAUUAUUGGGAAAGGAUGAUCAGAUAACGAGUGAACUAAUGUAUGAUGUUCUCGACGAGUCUUUGCGAAGAGCUGAAAUCAACCACAAUAUAACUUAUGCAAUUUUGUUUGAGUGUAUUCAAACAGUGUAUACCAUUCAUCCAAAGGCAGAUCUAUUGGAAAAGGCAGCAAAGUGUAAUGGAAAAUUUAUCUUAUCACCUAAAAACAACCUGAAAUAUUUGGGGUUAAAAGCCCUCACGUAUGUAGUCCAGCAAGAUUUGAAUCUAGUUCUUCAGCACCAAAUGACCAUAAUUGAGUGCCUAGAUCACCCUGACCCGAUUAUAAAGCGAGAGACACUAGAACUGCUCUACCGAAUCACUAAUGCACAAAAUGUAGCUGUUAUAGUCCAAAAAAUGCUGGACUAUCUGAGGCAAAGCAAAGAUGAAUACAUCACCAUCAGUUUAGUUGGCAAAGUAGCAGAACUUGCUGAAAAAUAUGCUCCCAACAAUGAGUGGUUUAUACAAACCAUGAAUGCAGUGUUCUCAAUUGGUGGAGAUAUGAUACCAUCAGAUAUCCCAAACAACUUCCUGAGGCUGCUGGCUGAAGGAUUUGAUGAUGAAGCAGAAGACAAACAGCUGAGGCUUUAUGCUGUGAAUUCCUAUCUUGCCCUUUUGGAAAAGAAUAUUCAAUACCCUCAGAGAUUCCUGCAGGUUAUGAGCUGGGUGCUGGGGGAGUAUUCCUACCUCAAAACAGAAGCCAAACCAGAAGACAUCAUACAGAACCUAUAUUGUUUACUUGGGAAAUGCUCUGCAAGCUUAGAAACAAAAGCCUGGAUCCUGAGUGCAAUUACCAAACUCUUUCGUCUGACACAGAAUGUCAAAGCACUGCCUGAAGUCAUGCAAAACUAUGGCAAUUCAAUGGAUUCUUGUUUGAGACAAUGCUCUUUUGAGUUGCAGCAGCUCGUUGAGAAUAGAGAGCUAAUGGACACAGUUUUACCUUUGGAUGCAAGUUGUGAUGAUAUAGUGGUUGAUGCUUCAUUAUCUUUUCUUGAUGGUUUUGUUGCUGAUGCUCUGGGCCAUGGAGCUGCACCUUAUAAGCCGCAUCAUCAAAGACAGGAAGAGGAGUUGUCACAAGAGAAAGUGUUGAACUUUGAACCGUAUGGACUGUCUUUUGCUACAAGCCCACAGGCUUCCUGUGUUUCGGGAAGGCAAUCUCCAACAGGAUUAUCCUUCAGCUCAGAGAUUUCUUGCAACAGCACAGAACCUGGAUUAAAAGAUUCCGAUAGCCUGAAGCUUGAUGGAGUGAAGAAAGUGUGGGGUAAGGAGGGCUACCUUCGAAAGAAGAGCGAAUCCAAAGAAGAAACCUUAACAAGUCCCAAUUCAGAAAGUAGCGUAACAACAGACUGCUCCUCCACAGCUGAAAAAACGGCAGGUGUUACUGCAGAAGAGCAAGAAAAGCUGCUUUUGGCAUCGUCACUGUUUGUUGGGUUAGGAUCCAAUAAUUCAGUCAGUCUGAUGGGAAAAACUCAGAGCACCACCCAGAAAUUUUGGAGAAAACAGAAGAUUGUUGAGGGGCAAAAUAGCCAUGAGAAGACGAUGUGUGCACAGAAGGCAGUUGUUCCAUCCCUUGCUCAAAUUCCAAACCUCAUGGAUAACGUCCUAGAAAGGCGUAAUUCCUUCCAGGAAAGUAAAGCGAUACUUUUAGGAAAAAAGGCAUCUGACUCUGCAGAGGCCUCCACAGAGGAACCUGCCCAAAAAUCUAACAAGACGUGGACUCCGAGUGACAACUUAAAGACAAUCAAAGCCGUGCCUUCAGCAUCAAAGGAAUCCUUUUCAGAUCUAUUUGCAGAUGGAAAUCUUGACAUCAUACAGCCUACAAAUUGUAGCUCUGUCCGUGUGGCUCAUGAACCAAUCUCCAGCCUGACUCCAAGUUUGCCUUUGGAAUUUGCCAAACUUUCUCAUUCACAGUUUGAGCUCGUUCGUGCCAAUGAAAAUAUAGCUUUGUUUUCCUGUAAAGUUUGGAAAGAGGAAUGUCUGCUAAUAGUCCUGUCUUUCACUAACCGCAGCAGUAUAGAAGUUACUAAUGCAAUGGUCAACUUUGCAUUACCUGAAGAAUUGCAGGCUUGCGAGAGCACAGACUUCACUUUUCCACUGGUGGAAUCCCUCACCACAGUCAAAUGUCAGCUCUUUCUGCAGAUGGUGAAACCUUGUGCCCAGGCGCUACUUACAGGGCAUGUUACUUAUCAUCUAGAGUCUAGUCAGUGUACCCAGGAGGAAUUUGUACUAGCUGUAUUCUUAUCUGAUUUCAUCAGGCCAUUAAAACUGUCCACUGAAGAGUUUGGGCAUCUUUGGCUUUCACUUUCCAAUGACGUGAAACAAAAUCUUAGCUUUACAUCAAAUUCAUCUGAAGCUCUAACUUCGGCUCUCCACAUACUUCAGCAAGAACUGAAGCUACAUAUUGUGGAUGUUAUAGGAACAGAAGGGAUUGUAGCAUGUCAACUUCUGCCAUCAACCUCCUGUUUACUUCACUGUCGAUUUCAUGCUGGGAUUUUAUCAGUGUGGCUGCGAUCAGGUUGCUGUGACCUUCCAGACUGCUUGUUGUACGAAUGCCAAAAGGUGAUACAAAAAGUUUAACUUUAGCAAAAACUCAAGCCAAAAAUAAAGUCAACUAGCUUGCAUAAGCUUCGCUGUGGUUUGCAGAGGUUGUCAAGUAGAUUGGACUCAAGAUGACUGAAAUGUUUGAUGCAAGACUUCUUGAAGAUUGGUUGUUCUAGACACGAUAAGAGCCGGGGUUAACCACGUUUAGCUGUCAUAAGAGAAUUUUGGAAUGAUGGGAACUACCCGAAGCAGCAGCUACUUACUGAUUUUUAUGGAGCCCUUGAUAGAUUUGUCUUCCUGGUGGUUUCUUUGAGAGAUGUUCGGAUGUUUCACUUGGAUAUAAUUUCCAAAGUAUUUUUUUAGGAUGGAAAUUCCAGUUGAGACUUGACAAAUGUUAAAACGCAGCAGUGAAAUUCUGAGUUAAGUGCUAGAGGAAGCGAGAGGAAGUGAGAUAAAACAUUUUGCAUCCAUAUUUGAAAUUUUGGAUGUAUUGGGAUUGAUGAAACAAAUGCACAGUUUCCUACCUUUUUGCUAAAUGUCAGGAGCCUUGAAAUGCUGUAAUAUUGUUUACAGUUUGCAAGCAAACUUAAAGUUCUCAUUUUAAAGUUCCACCAAAGUGCACACCAAUUUAUUCUUUCUGUGACAUACCUUGAAGUGAGUUAUGCAUUGGUUAUCUAUUCAAAUACCUGAAGUAUUUUGUACACGCAACCUUUGUUAUUGUCUGAUUUUUAUUUUAUAUUUGGAACACAAAUGGUCAAACCUGCAUCCUUUCCAAUUGAACAUUUUGGAUCUUGUUUGCUAUGGUUAGAACAAAAAUACUGGAGCAGUAAAACAAUAUACUUGUACCAAGCAAAGGUUUUACUGCUCCAGUAUUUUAGUUCUGACUUGAUAAUUCAUUACGAGAGCUCAACUGGUUUUUUGCACUAUAACUGAGUGAGUUUGCUUCUUAUUUCUUGCACUGUAAGAUAAAGUAAUAAUCAGGGAAGUCUUUUCAUGCUGUACCAGGCCAGCACUGCAUGUAAUUUAAUAGUGUUUAUUGAAGACUAACCCAAAGCCUUAUGUUUGUACAAUAUGAUAACACAAGUUUAUUUGUAUCUGUGGUACAACCUCCAUAUUUAAUAAUAUGUGUGUAUUUAUGUAUAUA